CUAUCCCUUCAGGGAUAAAAAGGCGUGAUGUUAUGUUAUUACAAUAUUAUUAGAACUUUUAUCUCUAUGUUAUUGAACUAUAAACUAAGAAAAAAUUGUUUCAGAAAUUAUAGUUCAGUUAACAAUGAACAAAACGACUUAAUCUAUUGUACAACCUUCCUAACGCUCAAUUGAAACCAACCUCGAUCUUAAUCUAGUUGGCUUAUCCAGUAACAAUUACAAUGCACGCCAUAGGCCGCUGUCUAGGCACGAAGGAGAUGAAAAACUACAGAAAACUCUUCAAGCAAUUAUUUUCCGAAUUCCUCGGAACCUUCUUGUAUUUAUGCAUAGUUUUGUCUGCUGGAAUCGCUAAUGAGACUAAUAAUAAUACUGUUGUAAUUUCAUUGGCUAAUGGUUUAGUUGUUGCAAGUAUAGUGCAGAUGUGUGGCCAUGUGUCUGGUGGCCAUAUAAAUCCUGCUGUAACCGUCGGAGCUCUUGUAUGUGGACAUAUAAAGCCAUUGAAAGCCGUGUGCUUUGUCGCUAUGCAAGUUUUGGGUAGCGUUGCAGGUUCAGCAGUGGCAUACUUAGUGUCAGCAGCCAAAAUCAGAGGAAACCUCGGAGCCACACUACCUUACACUGAGACCAGACACGAACAGGCAUUCGCUCUGGAGUUCCUGAUGACCUUCCUCCUUGUAUCUGUUGUAUUAAGUGUAUUGGACUCCAAAAGAGGGUCUAGGGGACUUGGGUCUUCUCCUUUGGCCAUCGGCAUGUGCAUCACAGGUUGUUAUUGUGCAAGUAUACCCUACACCUCCUCUCUCAACCCUGUCCGGUCGUUAGGACCAGCAGUAAUGAUGGGGAUCUAUGAUGCCGUCUGGGUUUACUGGGCUGGACCCCUUUCGGGUGGUCUGGUAGCUGGGAUUGUGUACAGAUUCUUUCUCGGAGUAUCUCACUAUGAAUAUAAUUUGAGGAAACGUUCUUUUUAAUAAAUAUGUUUGUUU